AUGAGAACAAUGGUGGGCUCUGAUUGGCUGUUCCAUGGCGUUUUACAAACAGUGACAUGCAUCGAGCUAGAGAAUGGGGAGGUAUUCCCCGCUGUUUUCUAUCUCACAACCUUGACGUCGUCAAUGAUGUCUACAAUCUUGGUUAUGGACGGGGAAUCCGUAGUCAAUGGCAUCUGUCAAAAGAGGUCAGAUGAGAGCGGCGACGGUUUGGCCCGCAGUCACUUUGGGCCUCACCGGACCAUUUGUAUUGUUGACCAGAAACCUUUUGGGGCAAGUUGGGACAAGUUUGAGAAGCGCCUGGCCCAGAGAAAAGCAGAUGACAACCCAAUUGACAGAGAGCGGAGGCGGGGCGGAGAGCCCAAGAGCCACAAGCCACCCGAAUUUCCAUGGCCUCUCACGCUCUCCCACUCGUCUCACGGGGAUCCCACGGGUCUCAGUGGCCACUGGCAGCAGCGAGUACCAAAGUGGGUCACCCACACACCUCGCCCUGUCCCGACGCCCUCCCACUCUCACAUCCUCCCCCUCCAUUGCCCGACCUCCAAACGACCCAACAUCCCACCCACACCUUGUCGAUUGACGAGAUUGCGACCGUCCUCUUUGAAUGCUAGAGGCUGGACUGGCGUCAAGUGGGCAGCACAUCUAAUAUCUUCUGCCGAAAUAUUCCUUCCCAUCAUCAUUGCCCUUGUCGCCAACGCUGUGUCGCCUUCAUUGCCGACAUCUUCUUUGUCUGCGCAGUGCGCGCUCUCAUUUCUCCAGACUCCGUCCUCCAUUCUUCACCCGCGCUUCGCCGCGCACCAUCGCCGGUCGCUUCGAAUUUUCGCCUUUCUCAUCAUCCCCCUGCUUAGUCCCGAUCGUUCCGCCCAACAUUAUAGAAAGGGAAUCUCGAGAGCGCCCAACCCAAGAGACGAGACCGCGAGGUCGAAACUUAAUCCAACGCGCGCCGCAUAA